UCCAAGAAAGAGAGCACAAGAACCAUCAAGCCACUUAGAUUUUCAAGAUGGUUCAAAAUUGAUUUACCUAACUGGUUUAAGAAUUUAGAUUUCCUGGCUGCAGGGUUAUCAAUUAAGAUGAGAAAAACACUCCACUUUACUUCUUUGGAGCAUAAGGGGCACUGCCCCUCCAAUAGUUUUCCGACCCUAAAUCACUCUGUCGACACAAAAUCCAGAAGGGUCAUUAAAUGGGAAGGAAAAGAAAGGAAGUAAACAAGCUAGCAUCGGAUUGUCGCGGUCUUUGAGCUACAUAGCAACGGUCUUGCUAAUUUGGAUGUAUUCCCUUAGAACUCUAUCAGCAACAUCAACAGCAAUCAUGAAGACAGCGCCAAAACCCAAAGUCAGUGAUGCGACCAAAUCCAAACUCAAAACAACAACAACAAAAUCAUCAAAACAGCCUAAAAGCAUCUCUACAUUUUUCAAGCAAACCAAGAGAACUCUCAGUACCAAUACUUCAAAAAUCAGCAUUUCAAAAACCAGUAAUAAUCUCAUAAAACCAGAAACCCUAAUAGUUACCCCAAAAGACGAAGGAGACCUAAAAUGGGAACCCCUUUUGAAUAUGGGAAAAUCAGAGCUCUUUCUACCUCUCACUUUCCCAACUGGGCAAACCUUCAGAUGGAAACAAACAGGUCUUCUUAGGUACACAGGUGUUAUUGAUUCUCACCUCAUUUCUCUCAGACAGCAGCUAGUGGAUGAUGGCAAUGGCGACGGAAAUGGAGUUUUCUACUUCGUUCAUUCAAAUGGCGAUAAGGAUGAUGCAAAGGCAGCUCUUGAGGAUUACUUAAAUGCUGGGAUUUCAUUGAAGGAAAUGUGGGAAACUUUCUCUGCUUCUGAUCCUAAGUUCGCUGAAUUAGCGUUGCAUUUAGGCGGUGCUCGUGUUCUUAGACAAGACCCUUUUGAGUGUCUCAUUCAAUUCUUAUGUUCUUCAAAUAAUAAUAUUGGUAGAAUUACAAAAAUGGUGGAUUUUGUUUCAUCUUUAGGUAAGUAUUUAGGAACUGUUGAAGGGUUUAAAUUUUACGAAUUCCCGUCACCAGAGCGAUUGUCAUCGGUCUCGGAGGAUGAGUUUCGAGUUGCGGGAUUUGGAUACAGGGCAAAGUACAUAGUUAAUACGAUGAGUGCUUUGCAGUCGAAGCCUGGUGCAGGUGCGAAGUGGCUUAUUUCUCUUCGUGAAUUGGGUCUUCAUGAGGCUGUUGAAGCACUCUGUACUUUACCUGGAGUAGGUCCCAAGGUAGCAGCUUGCAUUGCUCUCUUCUCUCUAGAUCAACAUCAUGCCAUUCCUGUUGAUACACAUGUGUGGCAGAUUGCAACUCGAUACCUCAUACCAGAGCUUGCAGGGGCACGUCUGACACCAAAACUUUGUAAUCGUGUGGCUGAGGCGUUUGUGAACAAAUAUGGAAAGUAUGCUGGUUGGGCACAAACUCUACUUUUUAUUGCUGAAUUACCGUCUCAGAAGGCCCUCCUAGCUACAGAUGUUGGGACUGUCAGAGUGAUCAAACCUGCUUUAACAGUAGCACAGGACCGGUCAACCUCUAAGCAAACUAGGUAAUUGCCUAGGGCCUCAUAUUGUUGGAGAGCCUAGAUCUGGCAUAUUUAUUUAUGUUUUUAUUAGCUUACUCUUGGGGGCUAUAUAUAAUUCUAUAUCCUUGUAUAUUAAUUUUAUCUUCUCUGCAAGUUGAUAUUGCUUUGGUAGACAAACCGAGCCAAAUUGUAUUUUUCUAUAUUCUACUCCUAUGAUAUCCUCCCUGGUCUGGGCCUAUGCCUUUUAUUCGA